AUGGAGCAGCGAGCGGGGCCACCAGAGCCGAGACCUGCAGGACCCACCACGCACCUGCAGCCCAAGGAGGGGACACUGUGGGGGCUCCUCGCCAUCUUCUCGCUGCUGGCUGGGCUGGCUGCGGGUACCCUGCGAACCCCUCAGUGCAACGAGACGCUGGGUGCAGCCCCCACGCCGCGGGGCAUGGCCACCGCCAGCCCGGCUGUGGAGGAUGGCGUGGAGGUACCGCUCGCCGCUGCCUGGAGCCAGCUGUAUGGGGACAACGUGACGACGGGUGGCCCGGGCACCGUGGAGCUGGCAGAGGACCUCCUGCUGCGUGCCGAGCGCUCACCACCAGGUGCCAGCAAAGCCAAGAAGGGGGCACGGAAACCCUCACGGGGGGCCCGUGGGCGCAACUGCCACAUUCGCAACCUGAUGGUGAAGGUGCGUGACCUGGGCCUGGGCUUCAACUCGGACGAGAUCGUGCUCUUCAAGUACUGCAGUGGGUCCUGCCACCGGGCGCGCAGCAACUACGACCUGACCCUGGGCAACCUGCUGCGGCAGCAGCUCAUCACCCCAGGGCCACAGGAGCGGGUUCUCAGUCACCCCUGCUGCCGGCCUACCCGCUAUGAGGCUGUCUCCUUCAUGGAUGUGCAGAACACGUGGCAGACGGUGGAGAAGCUCUCGGCGGCCGAGUGCAGCUGCAUCGGCUGA